GCAGAUUCCUUGCUACAAUGAGUGUGAAAAGCAGUUCAUUUAUGGUGGCUGGAUGCCUGUUGCCUUUGCAGGUAAAGAAAGGCAAGACUACACAGAGGAAAGCAAAGGAGAUUGUGAAACCUGAGGCACAGUCCAUGCUCCAAACUUUAUCUCUGCGUGAUAUAAGACAGAGAAAUGGAAAAUCUCCAGACCACAAUAAGCCACCUGGUCAGCAAAUCAAUAAUGGUGUGAAUAUUGAAUCUUCGAACAAAAAUGGAGUGGAAAAAUAUACAUCCAAACAAACAGAAAUAAAUGUUAUCAAAUCUGUGGACAACAAAGAAUUAAAACCUCCGAAUUUAUACUGUGUUACUGCACCCUGUGGAGAUAAGUCUUUAUCUUAUAUUCACUCUAUCAAAAAACCAUCUUUUGAAGCUCAGAAAUCAAAAGCAUUUCAAAAACAGGACAUUCUACCAGAGGAUGAGGAUGAUUCUCUUCUAGUUCUGCUCAGAAAGGAGUUUGAGUUGCAUCCUAUAAGUCUCCCUGCUUUGGCCAGCCUGAAUGAAGAGCUCAAGGAGACGGAUCUCAAGAAAUCAGGAUUUCUGUCCCAGGCCCAGCUGAGCACCCUGCUUCUCAAACAUGAUGUCCCGCUACAAUUACCAACUGUGAAACUGCUUUUCAAGAGGUGUUCACAAGCUAAUGACCAAAAACUGAUAUAUUAUGAAAAAUUGAUCCAGUUAUUAACACUACAGGCAUCGGGAAAAAUGCGACAUAUCCUUCCUGAGAAGAAUCAAAAUAAAAAGAAUCCAAGCUCUUGGACAUCAGAAAAUACAUUUCUGGCACUGAAGCAGAUACUAAAAGAACACAAUGGAGAGCUGGAUUUUGAAAAAUUAACCCAGAGUUUUCUGCAAGAAGACCAGAUUUGCUCAGGCCUUCUUUCAUUUCCUGAGGUAGAAAAUAUUUGCCAAAGGCAUGGACUAAUUCUACAUCCUGGGAUGAUGGAAACUUUGGCCAAUUUAUGUGACUUUGGUAGAAGAGGCAGAAUGCAAUGGAAACCAUUUGUAGAGUUGCUGAAGAAAGUCCAAACUGGAAUGAACCCUGCUUUCCUUGUUUGUAAAAGAAGAAACAAGGAGAAAAGUGAAGAUAAUUCUCAGAUUAAAGAGCAGCAUAAACUUCAAACUGCUAAUCCAUGGAAUUCAUAUGACGCCAGUGAUUCUGAAGAACAAGAGGCCUGGAUAGACCGGUUCAGAAAAUUGGAGAAAGCCCUUUAUUUAUCUGAUGUCAAAAACACAGGCAAGCUGGAAAAAGAAAAGGCCAAGCGUUUGAUCCAUAACUACAAUCAAAUUUAUGACCUGUGCCUUAGUCCUCUAAAAAUUGAUAAAGCGUUUCGGCCUUUUCGUUAUGGCCAAGAGCUGCCACUGGAACCCUUACUACAAUACUUGAAGGAGCUUUAAUCUCUACUGAGAGAGAGUUCUUGCUAAUUCAAUACAUAAGCAUUCCUACUUUUAAUUUUCAACUGUAAUAAAAUUAUACGUAUGCAUACUGUAAAAACAAAGUUCUCUUCUGAGUAAUACUUUUAAAUAAAGCUUUCUGUGUGAA